AUGCAUCCAAGACCUAGCCGCGCAAAAAGCUGUACGGCAUGUCGGCAGGCUAAGCUGGCUUGUGAUGCUCGCCACAAACCCGCUGGAGUCUCAUGCACUAGGUGCAAUAAGCGCGGGCUCCAAUGUCGGUUUGAUUCGAAUUUCAAACGAAUUCCGACAAGAAAGUCAGUAACUUCCCUGCGUAUUGUUGAGGCAAUCACCAACUCCAUCGAACCUCAGCAGCCGCUUUCUGAUCAAUCAAGCAGCAUGGAAGCCCAUUGUCAUAUGGUGCAGUCGACAAUGACACGAGAACCCGGCAUGUCGUCCUCAGACUCCACGCGCUCCUCUAGUCCGUCCUCUCAUGCAGACUCUCAAUAUUCCGCUGCUCCUAUCGAUACUGCUCAAGAUACUGCCGCAACUAGCAUUAACGGAUGUACGCGGGGCAGAGAGACAUGGCUGCAGCUCAAAGGCGUCGACAUACCAUCCAGUUACCAGCUCGGAAGUAUAACCGUGAACAACAGAGUGGCUCUGGAUUUAUUUCAACACUUCGAUAGCUACUACCGUCCGCACGCCAAGUUCUUGAGGCCCAUACGUACGUCUCUAAGCGAGUACUCACAAUUCUCUCCACAUCUUUUCUGGACUAUCAUUCUCUGUUCUUGCCAAAUGCAUCCAAAGCACGCGCAUAUGUAUUCUUCUAUUGUGACAGAGCACGAGGUCAUGCUCUCAGCGACAGUUCUCCGUGCUCCACUCACCGUCGAGAUGAUGCAUGCUCUGCUUUGCCUUUGCUUAUGGCCAGUUCCGAAGCUUCGCCUUUGGCAAGACUUGUCCUGGGGAUAUAUGGGGCUUGUUGUGAACUCUGCCAUGCAGCUUAACUGUCACCUGCCAUCCAACCCGCUCCUCAACAUACAUUUAAGGAGGAAUGCCAGCCGCCGCGCUGUGCCAAACAUCGACGCUGCUGUGAGGAAUACUACUUGGCUUGCGUGCUUUGAUCUGAGCACUCGUGAGUUCUUGGGGUUUCCAUCCCUCUUCUCAGCUGGAUACUACUUGAAUUGCGUAUCUCGUGCUCGAGAGCAAGCAUCAAACCUUUUGGACCCGCCCGAUGACAGGCUACUAGAGAUUCGCUUGCUUACUGUGACGUCGAUGGCAAAGCUCGAUAUGAUCACAGACUCCGCCCUUCACUUUUCCCAGACACAAAGCAGCAUCAACGACCUGGAGACACUGAGAAGCUCAGACCAGCACUCCUGGAAUCUCAAGGCAAAACUCAUUUUGCAAGGCGCAAAACUGUAUUUGUUUGCCAUGACACUUCUAUUGCCUCAUCCAAAGGAGCCCGUUGAAGCUCUGCAGGUUAUUUCCAAUCGAGACACGGUAUUGAUCGGCGGAUUGCUGUGUGCUUCGACAAUGAUAUCAGAUAUGCUCCACCAACUCCGUGAUAAAUCCAGUCAAGGCUCAGAAGAGAUUACUUGCAGUGUAGCGUUCUGGCCAAAAACACUCAUCAGCCACCUGUUCUUUGCAGCGACAUUUAUUUUUCGGGCUCUUUUGUCGCAUUCAAGUCUAACGCCGCAGGACAUUGACCUGGCUAUGUCCCGUCUUGCCGAUGCACAGGCCGUAUUUAGAAUGGAGCCUUUACAUCCAGAUCGUACACGGGCUGCUGAGAUCAUCCAUCGGUUGAUUGAAGUUGCGUGCGCUUAUGUAACGACAGGUGAAGACGAAAACAACGUCAAUGAUCUGCUCCCGAGAGGCCUUCUGGUCACUGGUCGCUUGGGGGCAUCAGUGAUGUUUGAUGCUGUCCUACGGUCUGUACACUACCAGAAAUAA